UAUGAGUGAUUCAAGAUCAAAUGGCUUUUCUGGAGAAUGUCAUCCUGAAAUAUUUACUGUACCACCAAAAGAUGCAAAAGAACAAGGUCCAUUGUCAAAAGAACAAGUUGAUUUCUUUUUUAGGGAAGGUUAUUUGGUGAUAGAGGAUUUUUUCGAUAUUGAAAAUGAUAUUAAUCCUUGUUUAAAGGCUAUGGAUUGUAUUGUAGAGAAUUGUGCAAGUAUUCUAUAUAAAGCAGGGAAAAUCACAAAUAAGCAUGAAGAUAAAGGUUCUCAUGAACGUUUGACAUAUUUGGCAAAAGAAUAUCCUGACGCCCCUGUCAUUGCUUAUAAAUUUGGUGGUUUUCCAAUAGAAUUUAGAAACUUGUGGUCAAAUGAACGUUUACUUGAUGCCCUUGAACAGUUGCUUGGUCCUGAUAUUCAAGGUCAUCCAAAUUACUUGUUUCGUACCAAGAUACCAAAUAAUCAAGCAAAUGAUCCAUGGCAUCAAGACAGUGCAUAUCUUGACAUGGAAGCCUGCAAAGUCUUACAAAUAACUGGUUGGAUACCAUUUAUUGAUGUUAAUGAAACAAAUUCAUGUAUGAAAGUAGUAAAAAGGAAAAAGUCUGAGAUAGAAAGAACUUUGGGAGCAGAUAUGGAAAAGGAUGUUGUUCUUUGUGAAAUGCGAAAAGGAAGUAUUUUAUUAUUUAACAAUAUGCUUCCACACACAAGCACAAAUAAUUUAUCUAAUGAAAUUCGCUGGUCAAUGGAUGUACGUUGGCAAUCAUCAAAAGAAAAACUAGGAUUUUGUAAUAAGAAACCAGGUAUUCUUAUGCGAGAUAGUCAAAAUCCAUUGCAUAAAAUUAAUUGGUCAGAAUUUGAUACAAUUAAACCAUCAAAUGUUGAACUUUUUGGUCUAACUGAUGAUGAAAAUGAUUUUGGUUCAAUUAUAACUGGACCGUAUAUGAAAAAUUGGAAUAUGACAAACAAGAACAGACAUGUUUUAGAGUUUUUUGCUAAAGAAAGUAGAAAUUUUUAA